AUGGGUCAGUAUGGAAAUAUAUCGGCUUUACAUCAGGUGUUAAUUUAUUUAUGGUAUAUAGGGCAUCAAACCGCAAGUUUUCGAGAUGUAGGUGAUCGCUUUAAUAUUACAAUUAGCUCAGUCAAUAGAGUUAUAAGACGUCUUACCUUAUUUUUGAGUAAUUUAUCACCACAAAUUAUAAAAUGGCCAAAUGAAAACGAGAAACGUAUUGCAGAAGAACAUUUUAGAGAUAAUGGAUUUCCCAAUGUAAUAGGUGCUAUAGAUGGAUGCCACAUUAAAAUAGAUAGGCCUGCAACUGAUCCAGACUCAUAUAUAAACCGAAAGGGGUUUUAUUCUCUACAGCUACAGGCUGUUUGCGACCACCAAAGAAAAAUAAUAGACAUAUUUCUUGGAUAUCCUGGAUCUGUACAUGAUAGUCGGGUAUUCAGGAAUUCCCCAUUAAGUAGAAACUUGGAAGAAAAAUGUGGCAG